CGGCUGACUGCGAUGACGUCAUCAAUACGCGCCGGGAAAGAUGCGUGGUCUGUAAACAAAUCCAUCCAGCCUGCUAAUAAAGAGUAGCUGUCAUUUGUUUACACAUCAUUUCAACUUUUCGUCGCUUGUAAACACUUGUGUUUGGACAACGCCAGGAGCUUAAACAGGACAACAAGCCAUGUCCUGCUUCAGCGGGGACUCGAACUUCUGCCCAGAGUGCGGCACGGUGCUGCCUAUGCCACGGGCGCUGGACGCCGUCACCUGCCCGCUCUGCUCCUUCCGCAUCUCCAUCAGACUUUUCGCUGGUCAGGAGAUCAAAUCCACAGUCGUCUUCAACCCAAUAGAACAGUCGUUGAUGCUGGAGGAGGAGGAGGACUCUGAGCUUAAGGGACCUGUGACGGACCGGCGUUGUUCCCGCUGUAACAAGGAGGGGAUGGUUUACCACACGAGGCAGAUGAGGUCUGCGGACGAAGGACAGACUGUGUUCUUCACUUGUAUACACUGCAGAUAUCAAGAAAAGGAGGAUUCCUGAGAAGUUCCGAUGGUUCUUCUGCGCUCCAGAUAUAGAAUGCUUUGUUGGAUGAUCUGCACUGGGCCAUGUUCCCAUUUAAUGAGGCAUGUCCAGGCGUAUGAUGGCAUCCAUCAAUGUCAUGCGUCGUUAAUGUUGUAUAAUAGCAGCUACUCAGUGUCACUGACUGAGUAGCAUGUUAAUAUAGUUUUGUAUUUGUUUGGAUUACAUUGAUCAUAUCCUUUUACUUGAACACAAGCUAAACUCUCAAAUUGUAAGCAUCAAUUUUUAAUACAAUUUAAGAAAUUGACCUCAUUGCAAUGUUAUAUUGUUUGAAGUACACAGGGUGAAACAAAAGUAUAAGUAUAAAUCCCCAGACAGAUAUUAAUAAAUGAUUUUGUGUAUGGAGGCUCCACUUUUACUGUUUGUUCAAUAUUUAUAAAAGCAUCAAUCAUCACUGAAAGAAAUCACUGACGUUUUAAAAAUGAAAUCAUUAGUUUUCAAGCAAAUUGAGCAUUGUGAAAAUACAGGUUUUUCGAAGCAAUGUUUCAUGGUAAAUAUUGAUUAAAGCAUUACAAACUC